AUGAGCUACACCUUCAGUCAGAAAACGUUCACGCCGAAAGCACCAGAGAAAGGAAGCUUCCCGCUUGACCACGACGGAGACUGCAAGAAAGGUGUCCUCAAAUAUCUCCUUUGUCUGCAAGAGAACGCAUCCGACUCCACUCCGUGCAAGGACCUCGCGAAAGAGUAUCUUCGCUGCCGUAUGGAAAAUGAGCUGAUGGCGAAGGAAGAAUGGUCUCGACUCGGAUUUUCUGACGACAAAGAUUCCGUCGGAGCGCGACUCGCACCCCUGUGCCGGAAAGCCGUGCGCUCCAUGUGCGACAAACCCUCGCAAAGCACGGCCUCGAAGCAGAAGACGGAGAAAGACGAGCAAAAGACAUCUGAGGAACGAAGUGUCAAGGAUGAGCCCGAACAACCAGAAGAUCAUAUCAACAAGGUCACUGGAGAGAUAGAUGCGGGCACGAUGAAGCCUACAAUGAACUUGCAGUAUAGCGGCAUGCAGACGACUGCAGCUUAUCCGACGGGAUACCCAGGUUAUCCGUACUAUCCGUCGACCAUGCCUCCGCCACAGCAGUUUAUGCAGCCGAACGUACUUGCCACACAAUUUCCGGCAAUCCAAGCUCACGCGGUGCCCCAGGCUGCCACGCCCACUCAAAUUCCAGCUCCCAUUCAGCAAAUGGCAGCUCCCUUCCAACCGGGUAUUGCACCACCACCACUCACACCACAGAGUCAGACCGGAACUGCCGCGGCGGCGGUGGGAACGGCCCCGGCGGCGUCCCAUGCCGCCGCAAGUUGUGUCCCCGGUGUAUCCGGAGCCGCUCCGACGGUGAGACCCGCUUCGGCCAUGGAGGCCGAGAGACCCCCCCAGGAAUACUACGAUGACCAGUACGAUCAUCGCUGCUCGCUGUGCAUAGCCGCGUGGGGCUUCGCUUUCCUCUGUGGACUGACGGGAGCCGCAGGCUUCUUUUUCGUCCAGCAGGCCUCAUCCAAGCUGUCGUUGAAGGAAGUUGGGAUACUUCUGCUAGCAGUCAGUGGAUUGCUUUUCUCGUCAAUUUUCCUGUUCCUCCCGGCCAGUAGCAAAUACGCCCACAAGCUGCCUGUCCAUAGACAGUGUCUACCGUUUCUGUUGGUCCUCAUCGCCUCCGGCGAACUCUGUUGGGUGGUGUAUCUGAUUGCUCAAGAAGGAACCGAGGGUAAGGGAAUCCUGGUAGCGUUAGGAGGAUUCCUUGGAAUGUUUUGGUGCUCGUUAUGGAAAAUCAUGUGCCUGAGAUGCUGCUGCCACCGGAGGCGGAUUUGUGCUCAGAAGAAAGCGCAGGCCAGAUUGGAGCAGCAGACGAAGAGACGCAAACGACGAGGCUCCGAUCCCGACGAGUUCGAAACCGACUUCCACCAUGUAAAUACUCAGGUUCGGGAAACUCUCCGGAAUCGCUUUAACGAAAGUAUCCUUCAACAAACAAUUAUCCAGUCGGCUGCACCCACGCUCGCGAUCGGGGCCGAUGCGACAUCACUCUCCAUUGUCACUCAAACACCGAGCGCCCCGCCCGCCGAUCCCACACCUCCCCACAGUGUGAAUCCCACGGGAACCCUGACGACGUUCUCCUCAUCUGGCCAGAGCACGUCGGCAGCGGGUGCUUCAUCCGCAGGUGUACAGCAAGCUGCCAGCGCCCCUCAAGUGCAUGACCCUCCGCCUUACGACGCGGUGUACAGAAGAACGCCUCCACCCCCCUAUUCAACGCUAGUCUAG